AAGGCAAAGAGCUGGCUGAGGUCUCUUUGCGGCAACCUCGUAGAUCAAUCGAGGAGAUAAACCUAGCUUCAUCUGGCGGCCCAGAGGUGGGCGAUCUUUCACUAGAUAUAUUUGAUUAUCUUUCUUUUUUGUGAAUCUUCUUCUUUUGUUCUUUUGCUUUAUAAAGAACUGCUCUAGUUGAGCCUUUUUUGGAAAGAAAUCCAAGAUCUUUAUUUCCACCCCUGAAGGAGUUUUUUAGGAUAAAUGCUGAGGUAACUUGAGUCUUUUUUCGUGCAGAGGGAAAAAAGGACAAUCAAGUCACUCUGUUCCAGCUGCAGAGGCAGCCUCUCGCAACGAUGCUCCAGCCAACCCUAGCGAAAAGGGUCAGGCUGAGACUACUCUGUCCCCGGAGCAGUUGCAAGAAGUUGAGGCUCGGCUCGCUAAGCUGAAGCGUGACAUGCUGGGUGACGCUCAAAGUAGCAAGUCUAGCCUGAAAGCUACAACCAACCGGGAGGAGUUUGUCUUUGGAGAGUUUCGUAACCUGAGCGAUCAAAUCCAAGCUGUUCGCUUUGACCCUGAUGAUGAAAAGGCCAGAGUGAAUGCUGCAAUUCAAGCUCACCAAGCUCAUGACCCAUCACCCUUUUGGCUGGAUCAGUCAAGGAGCUACGACUUGAUGCUGUUGAUCGAGCGGAUCAAACAGGUCAAAAGGUACUUCACCUCCUGUCAUGACAUGCUAGCUUCGACUCAUCGGGCCUUAUGGCCACGGGAGAAGGUGCCUCCCAAACUGGGCAGCCUGAUGGUGAAGUUUCAUGGCAAGGAGAAGAUGAAGGAAUUGGUUCGACUCCAACUUGUGAGGGGUGCCCAGAUUGCCCUCGCAUUUGUGCGAGUCAACGGCCCGGAGUUGGAUUUUUGGCGAGUUGCUACACUGCCAGCUACUCUCACCCAGGGUAUAAAGUCGUUCCUGGAGGCUGGGCAGGCAGCGGCGCUGCAGAUGAUCCACAGUGGGAAGCAGCCGAGGAGGAUACCAUACCUCUUAGUAGAUAGUCAUGUAGUUCUUCUUUUUUGUAAAGAAUAUUCUACCGGGUGCACGGUCAGCGCUCCCGGGGGAGCGCCCCCCGAGUCUGGUGACGACUGUUUGCAGUGGUGACCGGACUCAAGUUAUGUACUCGAAGAUUGUAUCUUGACUGAGGGCCGUUUUUCCAAAAAGAGCUUUUUGUAUAAUUAUAAUUGAGUCUAAAUGUGAAUUUGAACUUGGAGACUCCCGGUGGGAGUGACGCUGAGAUCCUUUAUCCUCCCUUGAAUCUGAAAAGUGCAGGAACACGAGUAACAUUUUCCGGGUGCGCGACCAGUGCUCCCGUUGGGAGUAGCCCCUGGGUCUGGGGUCGACUACUAGUAGUCGGGUGCGGACCCAAGUGAGC